AUGGGUCUCGCUGCAGCCGGCGGUGCCAGCAGCCGGCACCGCUGGGGUGGCGGCGGCAGCGAGUCGGAGGCGUCGAACGCCGAGUGCAGCAGUUCCAGCGGUCUGGACCUGGCAGACGGCGGGCUGAGCCUCGCAGACGGGCCGCCCACAGAUGCGCAGGGCCUGGAGGAGCCGCGGCGCACAGGCACUACCUUCACAGCGCUGAUGCAUGUGCUCACCGCUGUCAUCGGCGCUGGCGUGUUGGCGCUGCCAUACGCCGUGGCGAUGCUGGGCUGGGUGGCGGGGCCGCUGUGCAUCAUUUGUUUCGGGGCACUCACUCAAGUUUGCUCGGUGCUGCUGGCAGACUGCUACAUCAUCAACGGCAAGAUUAACUGCACGUACAGCGAGUGUGUCGCAGCGACCUUCCGCCCGUGGGUAGUCACCACGAUUGGCAUCAUCCAGCACGUCAAUUUGGUGCUCGUCAUGUGGGCGUACGCCAUCACCGCCCCGCAGUCGCUGCAGACCAUCGCUCGCUCCAUAUGCAGCGAGGCCGGCUGGAGCAGCUGCUUCACAAACUACAAUUGGUGGGCCAUCAUCUUUGGCGGCUCGCAGCUGCUGAUGGUGCAGAUGCCCGACAUUGAUCACCUCAAGUUCUGGCCGCUGGCCGUCGGGUUCCCGUUCGCCAUGUAUGCCAAGGUGUACAAGCCGGCAGGUCCAACGCUGCUGCUGAUGAAAGUGACCGCGCUUGUCAUGCUUCUGGUGGCGGUGGCCGCCACCAUUGCAUCCUGCCAGAACAUCAUCGUCUCAUGGAGUACAUUCACUUUCUUCAGCUGAAGCCCUACUAUCCCCGUAGAGCUGGUGCAUUUGCGGUGAUGCUGCACUGGCUACUCCGUUGCUUUGCAUCUACAACACCUCCCCUUCUCAUACCUUACUUCUUUUUUCUUGCCAACCUCUCCCCUCUCCCAAUGACUGAUGCCCGUUGAUCACCUGUGCCCCCUGUCACAGUGACAGCAUAAUGAGUUCUGCCACACAAAAACUCCCUCGAAUUUUGCGUUUCCAAAUGCCUAAUUUUGCAAUCGACAGAUGCAGCAGCUUCCCAGCUGCUGCAACCUUCCAACCAGCGUCCUCUUUCAUAUUCGUAUGUUUGCAGUUGUGUAUCUGCAGGUUGACUCCCCCCCCACCUUUCUCAAAUUUUCCCCCCAGCAGUACGAUGUUUUUCUGCACAGCUGAGUCACAGCCAACUUGCUUGAGAGUGUUUACACUCCGUAUGUUAGCAAGAGCAGCACACCAAUCGAAUUGAGUGGGGCUGGAAUGGCAACAUGCAAAGCAGGUCAGCUGAC